AUGGUUAUAAAUGCACCAGAUUUGCUGUUUGAUCAGCUGUUUCCAGCUACCAUACAGACUGUACCACCUAUAACGGUAAUGUUUGCUAAGUAUCCAAAAGUGUCAGAGUAUGAUUUAUCCUCGGUUAAGGGUGCAGUUUGUGGUUCUGCCCCACUUAGCAAGGAAAUAGAAGAUGUUGUAAAAACCAAGCUGAAACUACCCUGUAAUAACCAAGGAUAUGGAAUGACAGAAAUUGGUGUAACACAUGUAAAUGGGAAGGAUACAUUUAAAUAUAAAUCAGUGGGAAAACUCCUUCCUUUGGUCGAGAUAAAGAUAGUGGAUGUAGACACUGGCAAGACUUGUGGUGUAGAUGAGGAAGGGGAAAUUUGGAUCAGAUGA